CAUCUGGAGCCUCGGUGAUGACGUGUUAUGGAAAACCGAUCAAACGUUCGCAGUUCUCUCCCUUGUUUCAACAUCCCGGCUACUGCAAGCUUAAAACGCCAGUACAAGUUUAUGAACUGUGGUUCUAUUUUAAGGAACUUGAUUAUUAGCAUGCUAUAGAGUGUCGGCGCCAUCCACAAGAGACUGUACCAAUCAUUUUAAAUUCUUGAUAGCAUUUGUUUUGAAGAAUGUGACGUACUUGAUUUCCUUGACCAGAAAUGGACGCGGUGACUACUGUCCGAUGGUUGUGUGUGCUGGCCCAACUGGGUCUUACCACUGAAGUUUUAGCGACGGAUUCACGCACCAAAAGAUCUAACAACCAGAAGACUGAAAUAGUCGACCAGAUAUCGUCGUCCAACAACUACGUGUACAGGCCCAACUACAACAACCAAGGUAAACCCGUCAUUAUUGAGUGUGACCUUCACAUAAACAGUAUCGACUCAGUCACAGAAGUGGAGAUGGAAUUCACGGCUGAAGUCACAUUACAUCUGACAUGGAGAGACGCGCGCCUUGAUAAGCAAUUUAAAAACUUCAAUGUGGAGUUUGUUGAACUGGGUGCUAAGAAAAUGGAAAACUUUUGGGUACCUGAUAUAUUCUUUCCCAACGAAAAGCGAGCAGCAUUUCAUAAUGUUAUGUCUGCCAACAAAAUGAUACGUAUCCACAAGAACUCUCUCGUCCACUACACAACCAGGUUGUCUCUGACGUUAAGCUGCCCUAUGAACCUCCGCAAAUAUCCAUUCGACCAACAAACGUGCUCCAUUAAAAUUGAGAGCUUUGGGUUUACAAAGAGCCAGCUGAGUCUGAAGUGGUCUAAUAGCACCAAUCCUCUGCUUGUAAAGAAGGGUAUGGAACUACCACAGUUCCAGCUGGUCGGCAACCGUUUCUACGAUCUGGAGACAUUUAGCAAGAUUAGAGGAAACUACAGUUCACUGAAAGCAGACUUCUUCAUGGUGAGAAACAUCAACUAUUACGUCAUCCAGAUGUACAUUCCCAGCCUGCUGAUUGUGAUGCUGUCCUGGGUCUCGUUCUGGCUGAACGUGAAUUCCGUGCCGGGACGUGUAAACCUAGGGGUGUUGUCAGUCCUUACCAUCUCCACCCAAAGUUCCAGUGUGAACCGCACGCUGCCUCGAGUGUCCUACACCAAGGCUAUAGACAUUUGGAUGGCCGCUUGUCUGGUGUUUGUGGUGGCCGCCUUGGUGGAGUUUGCUAUCGCUAACGUUCUCAGUCGGAGAGGAUCAGGGAAGGGAAUGAUGUUUAUUAAAAAGAUCAUCAAAUUGGCGCGGGACAAGAACCGGAGUACUGAGAAUUCUAAAGGCGGUAUUAAACCGGAAGGAUCGGGGGUCAGACACCGGGAUACCCGGACGGUGAAAGAUACGGUGGUUGGUGUUGACGGUUCCGUACAAGUCCCCAAAUGUCAACACUUAACUAUUGAGGACGACGAUACCAAGAAAACAUCUCCAAAGAAGACCGGGGUCGUGUAUGCGUUUUACCUGGACGUUGCGUCCCGUAUAAUGUUCCCAUUGUCAUUUGGUAUCUUCAACCUUGUCUACUGGAUCUACUAUCUAAACAUCAUGAACGAUAUCAUGGAGUGAAGAAAAAGGCCGAUCGACGUAAUAGACGAAUGUUCUUAAUAACCAAAUGGCUAGAAAUUAUUAUCGUGUUUUAAUAAUAACAAUGACAGCAUUCGUUUCGAAAAAAAACCGGGUUCACUACUCUCCGCAAAUAUAAUCAUUUCAAGCUUUGUAGUAACCUGUCAGAGAUAUAACGUAUGAUUGCGUAGGAGAAUUGUCAAAGAAGACAAACGAAAAGUAAGCUUUUAAGCUUUCAAAACAAGACACAGUGAUGAAUUAUGUCAACGAACCUCGAUUCUGUUGUACCUAUAACUUUGAUAUGCAAAAAAACAUACAUGUAUGGCUCAAAAGAGUUAUAACAAAGGCUAGAGUAAUGGUUGUUUAAGACUUUGAUCAGACCAGAGUGACAAUUGUCUCCAGAAUACGGCAGCACUCAAAACAUGUCUUCUCUUCUUCACCAUUAUGAUAUGAUAACGUUAUUGUUUUCUAGCUGCAGCUAUUUUUUAUUUAUCAAUAGAGCAGAGAUAAAAGUUUUGAGCUUUUAACGACUGAAGCUUAUAGUUUUCUACCGUGGCGUAUUACUCACUGAUUUGUAAAUAUAUUCAUAGCCUAUAUGAAUUUGGUAGGGCUAUAUAUCGGCAAUGCCAUUCGAUGGUAAAUAUACGUAUAUAACACAUAAACAAUCUAGAUUAUAUAUCUUUGGAAAUGCGUAGUUUCCUAAACCAAACAGUCAAAAUUUCUGUUUUGCAAUUGUUAAGUAAAAAAAUGUCUUAAAAAAUAUUUAAUGUUUAUUGAAGAUAUUUUAUAAAUUCAAUAACUAUAUUGCAAUAAAAUGUAAAAAAUUAUGAUAACUAUAAUAAUUCGUUAUUAAUUACGUGAAGGGUUUUAAGUCACGUAAUGGCAGAACUGCAAUAAUGUCUCUCUAUGUAUUAAUAUGUAUAAUUUGAAAUGGAAUAACUUUCACUAUUUUAUAUUGUACAAAAGUAGAAGCGUGUAUAUAGUUUAUUAGAGAAUAUUUGUCGCCAAGACAAACGAAAUCCUUUCUAAGCAGAUCAUGGUCGGUAACCUACAGAUAAUUUUCACGCUACCUUUCACCACUAGAAGGAAUAUAUUGGCCUAUGUUGUUAGACAUCAAGUGUUCUUUAUUUUCGUUUUGAUGUUUCCUGAGUUAUUGCUGUUGUUUAACAGCUGGAAUAUGCUGGUGUUAUGACUAUUUAUCUUUGUGUAUGAGCAUGUAUAUAUUACAAUAGACAUCGCUAUAUCUUCUUAGCAAUCGCGUUUGAUAAGGAUCAUUUUCUUAAUGCGUCAGAAAGUGAUACUUAAAUGCACGUAUUUUGAGGACAUCUAAACCACUAUUGGAUCCAUGUUUACAGGAGUACAUUAUACAUUAUCUGAUUCUGAAACAAGUAGAAACCACAGGAGACACGUGUACAUCCUAACACCUCUAAUUGUCACGACGUAUGUUUCCAAACAGUCACUUUAAACAUCUUUUUUGAAGUAAUAAACAAACUCUUUAUUUCUUCUACUAUGAAUAUGAAAAAUUGUUUCUCAACUUAAUGUAGCAAAACUUGUUGGUCCGGAUGGUAGCACACAGGGGAGGAAACAAGAGUACUUGGAGAAACCCACAAAGUAAGGCAGGCAACCCUUACUUUUCAAGUCUGAUCGGGCAUUCGAACCCCGACCGAUUGUUGGAAGGCGAAUGCGCUGUCCACCGGAUCAUCCGUUAUUUUAUUUUUCGAAGUUACACCCCCUUAAUAUAAUUAGAUAUCAAAGCGUCUUUAUAUAUUAAUUUUUAUUAAAAUUAUGUAAAUAAAAAAACAGUGGAGCAGGUUUCAUAUAUUUUUAAAAUAUAAUUCUUUUUUCAUAAUCAAGAAUGUUUGUUUAGAUUCACGUGAUCUUAAUGCAGUUAUAUCGCAAAUAGUGUCUUAGUAAUGUGUGUGAGUGCUAGAUUAAACAAUUUGUGUAAUUUAAACGAAAUAUCAAAAGCGUUUUUCUACUUCAUAGUGGUAAGGCCAACACAAAUGUUGUCCAGGGUUCGAUUAUGUGCCCAUGGAAUAUAACAUCAGUUUAUUAUGUCUAUGUUUUGUAAACAACUACGGGAAACGUAUUUAAUCGUUUGAAAUGUUGAUGAAAAAGGGAAUUGUCAGCUGUCAUUAUUUUAUGCUAAGGGAACUGUUCUCGGUGAUUGAUUCGACUGAGAGACUUUCCUUUUACUGCAGUAUACAUAGUACUACAGUGUUUAUCAAAUAUGUUUAUAAAAAAACACCACUCCUGUUUUUGAACUAAUCAAAAUCAGUUACUUCCAAUACUUAAGCUUGAUCAAUCUUAUAUAAAAUAGUUAAAUUAUCUAGAAGUAUGCUUGAAGUAUUUAUUGUACAAAUUUGUAGCAGAUGUUGUGAUGAUCAAAAUAUCUAUCAAGGAGUACAAUAAAAUUCAAACGAUUUGAAAUCUAUCAUGAAGAAAACACCUUUUGAUAUCAAGUGAUCGCGAACAAACCUCGACCUAAAAUGAGUAUUGCCAAUAACAUGUUGGGGUCUGACGUCCGAAAUUCAUACACGAAUGCUUAAUAACGCAAAUUACCAUUAUGUAAUAUUCGUUUUAAUGACUAGCGUAAAGGAAUACAUUAAUAGUUAUAAAGAACAUCCUACAGAAAGGUAACCUUAAAAAAUGAGCAAACUCACAUUAAUUUCGAUAGAGGAUGUAAACCACCAAUUGCAAUACAACAAUAUUGUUAAGUUUGCAAUAGCUUAAUAUUUGUUCUGCUAGAAUAGGAUCUGCUAAAGUAGUGUUCCGCAAUUAUUUCUUAACAGUAAAACUGAUGAUAAUAUGGUAUUGAUUCCCGGAGAUCAUAAGAUUAAAUGGUAAAUGGAAUGUUCAAUGUUUAAGAAUGUUGUAUUAUGAAAUUAAAUGCAGAAUAAAAUUUUAUCUUCGAAU